GGACCAAACAACCGGAAGUGGAGCGUCCUCAGCGUUCAUGUGGGUUCAUGUUGACAACAAAAAGCGUCUCUCGGAAUUGUAACACUGAGGAUUCACCUACACGGGCUUCAAAAUAAAACAUGUCCGACAACGAAGAUAACUUCGACGACGGAGAUUUUGAUGAUGCCGAAGAGGACGAGGGGUUAGAUGACCUGGAAAACGCGGAAGAUGAGGACCAGGAGAACGUGCAGAUCCUGCCGGCAGGAGAGGGACAGCAGGCCAACCAGAAGAGGAUCACAACACCGUACAUGACUAAAUACGAGAGGGCCAGGGUGCUGGGCACACGAGCUCUACAGAUAGCGAUGUGCGCUCCAGUCAUGGUGGAGCUGGAGGGAGAAACAGACCCCUUGCAAAUAGCUAUGAAAGAGCUAAAGAGCAGAAAGAUCCCCAUCAUCAUCCGCAGGUACCUUCCUGAUGGAAGUUAUGAGGACUGGGGCUGUGAUGAGCUCAUCAUAACCGAUUAAACGACCCACACUGACAAAGCAAUAAAUGCUGGUUCACACCCCCAACCAUCUCAGGUCAGUCAGCUGCACAAACCCAGAAGAUUCCUAAGACGGCUGCGAUUAUCACCCACCUGUUCAUGCCUCAAUUUGAUCCACAAACAUCCAUCACAUCAUGUGACUCUGCCAGUCUGUGAUAUUUGAAUACAUGAGAUGUACUGAACAGACACUAGAAGGCUCAUAAAAAUCAAAAGACUGUGCUGCCUGCAGGUUUAUAAUAUUAUUAAUAAUUAAUAUUUGUGAUCUGACUUGUUACGUCCGCAACACAACUGCAGGUUAAAUUCAGAAUCUGUUGUACUUCUUUUUUUUUUUUUUUAACAGCUGCAUUAUAACUUAGAGCCACAAGGGGGAAAUGUAACUUAGCUCAAACAUUUACUUUGUUUUACAAAAUAGUCUUGUGUUGUAAUUAUUCCAUUUGUUGUUUUGAAGGAAAGAGGUGUUUAGUGUAAAAGAACUGUUUUAUUGUUAUUAAUAAACUCUUUUGUAUAAAUCA